AUGGAGGGCCUCUUUGCAAAGCGGCCCUUGCGGGCCGGGGAGCUCUGCAGCUGGUACAAUGGCCUCCGCUGCAGCCACGAGGAGGUCAAUGACCGGGAGUGGUGCCUGAAUGGCAUGACGAUCGCGCUGGAUCGUGAGACCGUUCUGGACGUGCCGGCAGAGUUUGCAUCGACCGACACCUUCCGGGCCUGUUUGGGUCACAAGGCCAAUCACUUGAAGCCCAAUAACGCAAAGUACGAGGUCUUCGACCAUCCUCGCUUUGGCCUAAUCAAGGCCAUUCGUGCGGUCAGGGACAUCGAUGCACACGAGGAGAUCUGUUGCGACUACGGCUACGACGGUGAAGAGGAGGACUGGAAGUCCCCAAGAUUGCGUUCGGCCCCGGCUUCGUCUUUUGGGGCUUUUUCUGGCCUCGGCUUCUUGUGCAGCCCGCGCCUCUUCCAUCCCACAGGCUCGGCUCCUCCCACGCCCAACGGCCCCAGCGUCGCCAAGUCGCGCACGCGGCGCACGCGGCGUGCCAGUGGCGGUGAUGCCGAGGCAGCGUGCCAAAGUUUGUACACGCCCACCACGCACUCGUCCACGCACCGGUUGUCCAUGCAUGCGCUCGAACAGAACCAGUGGUUGGCAGAGCGCGUAUUCAUCGCCAGCACCCAGUGCGCUUUCAGGCUCGUGCAGAAGGCAUUUGCUGGUCUCGGUCGCAAGGAGUUUCGAUCGUCCUUUGCACGAAGCUCCUUCAUCGGGCGACAGGCACAGAGCGGCAUCUGGGGCAGCACCGUGACGGACCUGCUGAAGUGCUGCGGGAGCGGCACUGCGCAGCAGAACUACAUGUGGAAUCCCACCAAAGAUGUGCUGGGCCAGGCCCGCCUGGAAAAAGGCUGCGUUGUCAAGCAGCAGAGGCGCAACGACAUGCCCCUGAAGGCAAUUCUCGCCGAGUUCCAGCACACGAGCGCGCUGUGCCAUCCCAACAUCCUCCAGGUUCGGGAGUAUUUCGUCGACAUCCUAAACGUCUACGUUAUUGCUGAAUGGGCGGAAGGUGGCGAGCUCUCCAGGGUGAUCUCCCGGUCGCGAAGCGACGGUCGGCCCCCGUCUGUCCGAUGGGUCGCCUCCGUAGCACAGCAGCUGCUGCGAGCGCUGCGGCACUGUCACGUGAAGCACAAGCUGGUCCAUGCAGACAUCAAGCCCGAGAACGUCCUGCUGUUUGGGCAGGGGGCUCUCUUCGAGGAGGAGUGGAUCCCUCCGACGGUUCUGCUGGCGGACUUUGGCAAUGCUGCACAGAAGACUGAUCCCACUGGCGAGACCAUCUUCAUACCGAUGGGUGACCCUCGCUAUGCAGCUCCGGAGCUACACCAGGAACAAUGCUUCAUCGAGCCCUUCCCACAAGUGCAGCUACCGCUCGACUACAUGCACGCCACGGACAUUUGGAUGCUGGGCGCCACAAUCUACGAGGUCCUUUUUCUGCGGCUGCCUUUCUUGGAGGAUUUCCAUGGCUCUCACAGCGAGUUCCUCCAGAAGAUGUGCAACUACGGUCAGGAUGAUCCCUACGAGGCAUUCGCGAAGGCGGGACAAAGCUUGCCCGUCCGCGCGGAAGAGAGGGCCAGGGCUCCUCAGGCCGUAGAUUUGCUGGAGCAGUUGCUGGACUUGUCCUUCGAGAAGAGGAUUACGGCGGACGCUGCCCUGGCAUCGCCGUGGCUCGCAGCUCCGGCAAGGCAGACGAUGUCGCUUCAGCCAUCACGUUCCGAGGUGAUGCUGAAGAAUGCCCGCAGCUCUGGUCGGAAGAUGCUUUUCACCACCUUGGAGGUUCUGGCUCGGCACAGCUCCCUCGCAAGAGAGGAGAGGGACUUGCUGGAGUCAUUUUGCACCCUCGAUGUCAAUGGCCAUGGUGAGGUGACUCUGGAAGACCUGCAGGCAGGGCUGCGCCAAGCAGUGCCGACCUGGACCCAUCGGGAGCUCACUCAAGUUAUGGCUUGGAUGAGCAAGGGCUUCCAGGACAAGGUGGUCGAUUUUAGGCGCUUCGUGGCCUGCUCCCUCGAUCUCGAGGAUCCAGUUGUGGCCGAGAGGCUUCGUAUCCUCUUUCAUCGCUUUCCGCGACGCGGCAUUCAGAUCCAUGCCGUCUGGCGCGAAACAUCCGCGCUGUCCAACAUGGUUGCGCAGGCCCUGCCAGGGGCACGUAGCGCCCGCUUGGCUACAGCGGCGCAGAGCCUCAAAGACAGGCUUUGCCAAGCCCUGCAAGUGCAGCUGAACUGCUCGCCAAAGUUUGUGGGCAGUGAGCCCAGCAAGGUCCGGUCCAAAAGAGAGGCAAAGAUCUUCUUCGAAAUUGAGCCGGAACACUGGGAGCGAGGCAACAACGACGGGCCGAAGGAGAACCAUCUCUCGAAGUCGAAGGCCAUUUGGAUGCAGAAAGUGCGAAGUGCUGCGUCGUCGCUGGCACAAAAAGCAGAGGCAGUGCAGCAGGCGUUGAACAAGCAUCAGCCGCCCGAGGAGCACGUGAAGAUACACGUGGACCCAGACAACUUCAUCCUGGCUGACGACAUGGCCGGCAUGCUGAAGAUAACGGAAGGCCAUGGUAACCAGCUCAUGUUGCAAUGCCCACUGGGCCACAGCGUCAGAGGUGGGCAGGCGCCAGCUCCCACCAGCGCCCUCGUGCGGAGCCACCAACACUGCAAUGUUUGCCUCGAGGGCCUACAGGAAAGAGAAAGCCUGGAUGUUGGCGACCCAACACAUUGCUUGGUGUGCGGCUACGCUGUUUGCGCGCAGUGCUUGGCCAAGCGGACCUGGCUGAACUCCCUUUUCCCGGCUGGGGGGAGGACCUGGAUGCGGCUGUACAUGGAAGGGCUGGAGACCCAGGGACAUUUCCUCGACUUCGAGCGCUUCAAAGCACUCUGGCUCGGACAAGUGUUCCGACACCACCGGACUUUCUCCAAGCCGCAGAUGGUUGUGCUGGCGGUGAGGCAUGCCAGCGAGAAGUGUGCCAGAACCUGCCCCUGCCUCCGAAACUGUCUCCAGAGUCUGGUCCGCCGCUGCCUUUGGCGAGAAUGCCGAGGAGGAGGAGAAGCUCGUGAGCUCCGAAGGCCGAGUCUCGAUGGUGGAGCUUGGGGACAUGACUGGCAAAACUGCGGCAGCCGUGGCGCCGCGUCUGAUGUCGAAGUUCGCUAUGGGCCUAUAGAACUGGCCUCAGAUGGCGUCCCACUCCUCAAGGCAGAAUACAAGCCCGCUCGUGCAAUUGUGUUCCACCACAAGUAUCUAUUUCUGCCUGCGACGUGGCAAGAUAGCGUUCCCGUAAAGCUCAUCAUCUUCGACUUCGACUUGACAUUGGCCGCCGUCCAUGUGUUUCACAAUCUCACUGGUGGCGCGGAGGGCCAGGGCGUUGGCCGAUGCAUUGCCAGCCCGCCGUGGGCCACCACUGAGCGAGGUCAGGUGCGUCGGCUACUCGCCCUCGGUUCUGGCUUUAGCUUUGAAGCGCUGGGCGGCGAGCCCAGGGUGCGGAUCCUGUCAGAAACGCUGCGGCGGCUGCAGGAAGCGGAGGUGGACCUCAUCAUUUGCACAAAGGGCCUUGUAGGGACCUGCCGGAAGAUCCUCCAGGACUGCGGUCUGCUCCGGUUCUUCCCGACCGUGUUCGGCAAUGUCGGGGAUUGCUACGGCUGUUCACAGGAGUUCGACAUCAUGUCCUCCGUGGAGAAGUGGUCUCCUCCCACGGAUGUCGCGGAGCUGCUGGGAACCGCGGACUGCACAUUCACUGCCAGCAAAGGGGCGCUAAUCAGCGACCUGAAAGCCCAGCAUCAGCUGCAGUUUGAGGAGGUGCUCUUCGUGGACGACGACCCUCGGGAACUUCAGAGUGCGGCCCGCGUCUGCCGCACGCACCUGGUGAAGGGCGCGUCCGGGGCACCUAUGUCUGGCCUCAGCCAGGACGAUCUUGAUGAAAUCCUGGCCAUCGUCGAAUCCUCUCGCGCGCCGCCUGCGUCCUAA